GAUUUUCAUAGCGCUGCGGCCCGCCCCUGCCUAUGCUAACUUGACCCACGCGACUUGUCGUCUCACCUAGCGGCCUCGCGAGGCGGAAUUGACAGCUGCCUUCUUUCCAUCGACACAGUCUCCGUCUGCGUAUCAACUCAUGUGACAGCGUUGCGGCACAAUGACUGACGUGCAACGGGUUACAAGCCUUCAGAUACAGGUUCGAGACUUACGGCGCACGAUUGAGGAGCACCAAUGUGGACUAUGCGGUGAUACAUCCUUCCAGCGCACGGCAAUCGCAUCAAUCGACUAUAUCGAUUCCCUCGUUGCCAGCCUUGCCCAGAAGCUACCUUCGCAACGGGGCCAAUCAUCCGUUGUGGUUAAGUCCUCCUAUCCUGGCGUGUCUUGCUUUCCAGUCUUCCAAUCCCAGCCACUAGUCGCCGAAGACACGACCUGGAGAGCUUUGCCGAGUAACGGAACGACAGGACUCCUCGCGACAUUCUGCAACAGCGUCCCAAAGGAUUUCAACGCUUGGAGGGAAAAGAGGCACAGUCUCGGUAUCACAUCCACAGACGGCAUUCAGGUGGCUUUCCGUAAUCUCGUCGUACCAAAUGGCAAGCCGACACCGUUAUCGACGCCUGCCGACCCGGACGCUGUCAUCCAGCAAUACGCGGAAAGCACGAGCGGAGACAGUAAUUGGCGACAUGCUGGGUUGUCUACGAUGGAGGACCUCGUCUUCCUCGGAGAGUGUCGCGUAGCUAUAGAGCUUGGCAUUGGCGUGGAAAAGGUGGAUGAGGUUAUCGAACAGUAUCUGUGCUCCAAGAUGUGCCCGAAGACAUUGCAUCAGUACCGGGAUGUGCCGUUGAAAGUUUCAAAUUGGAUGGGCCAACUGUAUGACCAUUGCGGGUGUGUCGGCUUCGAGCUAUUUCUCCACGCCGACAGGACCAUCCCCAGCUACUCCGCUUUAGCAAGAUCUCCUGACAUCAAGACUGCCUUCCUUGAACGGGUGCGGCCGCUGAUACCGACCGAGUUGUGCGAGAAAGACGCCCCGCCUCGUCUGGCGUUCUAUCUACCCUUCCUUGUCUGGGCCAGCAUCCUCCUCAGGUUGGAGGAAGACCGCUUUGACGAUGUCUGCCGUGCCUUUCCGACGAACAAAUUCGAACAUUCCGACUUUGAGCAAUGUCUCUCGUUCCUCAGCGAAGGCCAUCCCCAGGUCCCUCGCACCCCAGAACAGCCGGCAUGCAGUGAUCGCACUGUUGAGAUCGACAUCGCCAGUUCCAAGUCUACGCGCCGCAAACGCUCCGCGUCCGGUAUCCGAAAGCGGAAUCCAGGCUGUCCUCACACUCCUCCGACUUGCCUCCCACCCGAAUCAGCCGUGCCGCACCACAUGGAGCUGCAAUUCCGCACGGGAGGAAGCGCGUACCGGAGCUCGGACGCACAGGGGCUCGGCCACCAGCGUCUCAAUACCGUGAAUGUCUCACACAGCGAAGGAGGGCAACAGCUUCCCCUACGCUGCGAUAACAUCGCUCACUCUUCUGCGCAUACAGCCUUCUCCAAGCAUCCAACGCCGUGCAACCAUGGAUCGCUCAGCAUCGGCCAUGGACCGCCGGAGCAGUUGAUGGAGCGACCAGAGUUCCAUUACCUUCCCAGUUAUGCGCAGGCUGCAGGCGACGUCGAGUUCUCUGUGGCUCGUUACGGCCUCGGCCGACCGGAUGUGGGCCUAGGCGACACCAUGGACAUUGAAUUUCCCGGGGCCGCCGCACUGGCCUGGACUCUGGAGGGCAUUCCCAACCAGGACUCGGUAGACACGGGCGCGUUGGGCAUGGGUGCGGCUGUAGAUACGGUCUGGGUUGAGAUGAACAUCGGUUCGGGACAGAUAGGCGGCGUCCGACAGUGCCUUACAUUGUGAGCAGGAAGGGCUGCUGGAGUCUUGGCUGAAGCAUCUGGCUCAAUUGAAUCAUG